AUGGAUUCCCAUGGUGGUUCACGUCGCAACAGCGGCCAUCAUGCCGAAAACCUCCGCACAAAACAACCCGAAGUCACCACCUUUUUAACAAAAGAAUCAGAAGCAAAAUCGCAAACUACGCAAAACAAAAUCAGCCCUGUGCGAUCCUGGUCUUGGGAAAUUAUAUCACUUCUAUUUGCCUUCGCGCUACUCGUCGCCAUCAUCGCGGUUCCAGCACAUUACAACGACAAAGUUCUGAAACGAUGGCCGUACGAUAUCAGCCUCAACACCGCAAUUGCCAUUCUAAGCACCUUUAUGCGGGCGGCUAUAAUGCUCGUUGUCGCUGAGUUGAUCGGUCAGAUGGGAUGGCACUCUCUUCGAAAACCUCGUCCUGUUUCCGACCUUCAUCACUUCGAUAACGCGAGUCGAGGCAUCAUCGGCGCUAUAAAGCUGUUCUGGAAUGUCCCUCCGCGUCUUGCAAGCAUUAUUGCCGUAAUUGUCAUCAUCCUUUCACCCGCCAUUGCACCAUUCUCUCAGCAAGCUGUCAAGACCGUCCCUUGCGCACAAGAAAUCUCAGGCUCAUCUUCCUUGCCAAUUUCACACUACGUCCCAGCUGAUGGGUCAUCAAUCAGAAUGUCUCCAGUUCAAUCCGAGAUCUCGCACGAUAUGAAGGCUACCUUGAUUAACGGUCUUGUCAAUCCUAACGGAAAAGAAGCGGAUGUCGAAGCUACAUGUGCCAGUGGAAACUGCACGUUUGCAGAAAACUCACAAGGCGUGACCCAUACCUCUGUUGCAAUGUGUAGUUCAUGUCUUGACACUACUGAGUUCAUCAAGUUGAAUGUCACCAACGAGAAAGGAGGCCUCUCAAUCGUCAACUAUACUUUGCCAAACAGGCAAUGGUUUAUACCGGUAGGAGGUCAGCUGAUGCAUACUGCAACUGGAGACGUUGAUUGGGCUCUUGGUGGAGUUGACUCUGACUUUGCAGAAAUGACAAAAAGAUCAAUCACGAACUUGACCAUCUUGACCUCUUCACAAAGUGCUUGCACAAACAUAUCCAAGGCUGGCGCGGACUGUCCCGAGGACAGAUUCACCAAAGACCUACCGGAUCCGAAACCCUACAGGUCGCAGAAUGCAGUGGCCAUAACCUGCGCACUCUACCCUUGUCUGAAACAUUAUCACGCCCAUGUUAAGGGAGGAAAGCUCGAGGAGAAAGUUGUCAGUAAAGAGCCGUUGACGCCUAUUGACAUUGUCAUGGACGACGAUGGAUUCGGAACAGCUAAAAAUCUCAACCGAACUACCGUUCAGUCGCCUUGUUUGGUUGAUGGCGAGGAGUACAACUUUGACAACUUCUCUCGCAUGGCCGAAUCCACAAAGGGCGCCUUGACGGUGGAGAUGGAUGGCAAAAACUACACCGCCCCAAGGCAGUGCAUAUACGCAUUUGGUUUUGCAUAUUCAAUGGGUCUUGAGGUCUUUAUGAGGGAUACUCUCUUUAAUCGAGGCUGUAAUGUCAGCUACCAAGUGGGAUCGCCUCCGGAAUGUGGGAGCAGAUGGUGGCUUGCCCCUCUGUACAACUCAUCCUACGAUGCCCUGGAUACUGCAAUGGAUGACUUCACCACGGCUAUGACGAACAAUUUCCGAAGGCAAGCGAAAAUAGGUCUUGGUGUCUCAGGGUCAGACAAAGUCAUCGGCACAGUAAACGAAACAACCAUCUGUACCGUCUUUGAUUGGCGCUGGAUUUUGCUACCGGCUGGCUUGAUGGCAGUCACAAUGGCGUUGUUAAUCUACGUCGUUGUUCAAAGCUACACCAACACAACAUUGCCUAUUUGGAAGACAUCCGUUCUGCCGCUGUUGUUCUACGGGCCUAAUGUAUUGAACGACCAGACUCGUGAAAUUGAUGUGGAUGAGCUUCAGAGGCAUGCAGGGAAAAUAAAGGUUGAAUUCAAGAAUGAUGAUGGCAUCAGGUUGCGGAAAAUCGAUACCACAGCAACGGAGAGUUGA